AUCCCUGAAUCCGAGCUCCGCGAGCUGGUCGAGAUCUUUAGUCUUGUCGAUGUGGAUCAUGGCGGCACCAUCUCGAAAGACGAGCUUGCGACUCUGAUGAAAACACUUGGUUUGCGGGUGUCUCAGGUGGAGCUGGACACCAUGGUGAACGAGAUCGAUGUGGCUGGAACAGGAGAGAUCGACUUUGAGUCAUUUGUAAUGGCAAUGUCACGCAAGGUUCAGACAACGAUGACGGGAGAAGAGAUCCGGCGGGCCUUCCGACUGUUUGAUAAGAGCACCACGGGAGCCAUCACGAUGGACAGCCUUGUGAAGCUGCUGGCAGACUAUGGAAGUGUAGAUAAACGCAUGUCAAAAGAGGAGGCUGAGGAUUUGGUCUCGCAGGUACUUCAGCCCCAGGAGUUUGCUGUCCUUCUAGCACAAUGCCGGAGAGUUGGAAUUCUGAUGGAGGCCACUUUGCGUUGGCAAGGUCGCACCCCAAGCGCAAACGGGCACGUUCGACUACACGCAGUUCAUUGA